AUGAACGAUUAUGUUAUUUUAUUUUGUCAAACCAUUAUCACAUUGGUUUUUUCCUUCUUAUUUGGUUUGGGUUUAAUCAAAUACUAUUUCAACAAAAAUGACAACUGCAAUGACAACCACAAAGUUCAAGUUAAUUAUAGAGAACCAUCAAACUACCCUGCAUUCAAUCAAAAUGAAUCACCCCAUUCCGUUUCAGAUGCACCACAAUCGAACGACUAUCCAGAAUCAGGUUAUAUAAAUAAAAGGGAGCCAUCUAACUACCCUGCAUUCAACCAAAAUGAAUCACGUCAUUCAGUUUCAGGUGCAACACAAUCAGACAAUAAUCAAGAAUCAGGUGAUAUUCAUAAAAGAACCCCAUCAAGCUACCCAACAUUUAACAAAAAUGAAUCACGUCAUUCCGUUUCUGGUGCCUCACAAUCAGACAACAAUCAAGAAUCAGGUCAUAUUCAUAAAAGACAAUCUAGCUACCCUGCAUUCAACAAAAAUGAAUCACGUUUUUCUUUUUCUGGUUCACCAUAUUCCAAUGGAGAACCACCAUUUGUUGAGGACCAGCUUCCAAGUUUUCCUUCAGGAUCUGCUCUCUACUAUUUUUAA